AGAAGCCCAGAAAGGGCAUUCUGAAAAAUUCGUCUAGUUUCGAAGGAAAUGAGAGACAGAGAGAGGCAUCAAUGAGAGCGUCACACACUUCCGGAACGAUGGCAGUUAUUGACUGUUUUGACACUUUGAAGAAAGGGAACAAAAUGGGAUGAGAUGAACAUUUUAGCGACCCUCCAUCCAAAAGACAAAGAUUAUGGGCACAUGAAAAUUGAAGAGCCCAAGACACCAUUUGCUAAAUAUGAAGAGGGAGACUCUGGAGAUGAACAUGAUGGUUUGGAUGCUGACCUUUUAGCAAAAAAGAUUCAGUUAGGAGGAAAUGAACUACCCAAAGCAUUGAUUGAACCAGAACCUGAAGAAGAAAGUGAUGAUGAGGAUAUUUCACCGGAAGAGAGAGAAAAAAGAAAAAUAUUUGAAAUGAAAAGGAAGCAACAUUACAAUGAGUUUUAUGCUGUAAAACUUGCACGAAAGCUAAUGCAAAAUGAUGAUGAUGAUGAUGAUGAGGAUGAGGAUGAAUUGAAAGAGGAGGAUGAGACUGAAAGUAAAGAAGAAAGGGACAAUAAGAUGGAAGAGGUAGAUCAUGAUGGAAAUGAAGUUUUGGUGAGUCCAAGUGAAGACAUGGCUGUAGGUGAGGAUCAAGCAUCAGGAGACUGAGGGCCAUCAAAAUUAAGCAAAAUUUGAGUGGAAGCAAAACUACUCCAGUUGUAGCACUUGCUAACACAUUGGACUUCCUAAUGCUCUAGUUACCAUUAUGUACCCUGUUCACUCUUUGCCUCAUACCUUCAGAAGGGUAGUGACCAAUCAUCAGACAUUUUGAUAAUAUUAUCAGCCAUUACAUAUGUCAUUGCUACAGCUAGUUAAAGGAGUUCCUGAUAUUAGAACAGUGAAUCACAGUAACAAAUGAAAAUAAUAUUUAUCUCCCAAGCAUAUAUUUAAUUGACAAGUCAGGUGUAUACAACUCCAACCCUUGUUUUUCUCCAGUAACUUGCUAGUAGCUUGAGCUGGUGGAGGCAGAAGUGGUACUGUCUGGUAAUCUUUACAAGGAUGGCUCCUUAAUCAGAAGCCUAGUCUUUUAUUUGUAGGAAUUAAGGGUGGAAUACUUAACAGUUAUGAGGGGAAGAAGCUAAUGAUAUUUUAUGUGAAUUUUUGAUGCAGUACCUAAGUACAGUACUGUAUUGUGUUUUAUACAGCUAUUUGCGUGUGAGGCUAAAUUAUGAAAACAAUUGUUUUUAGAUCAGAUAUCCAAGGUAUUGGUGAUGUAAAGAGUAUAGAAAAUACUGUAAGCCUUUUUCUUCAAGUUCUGAGUUAGAUUGCUUGUAAUUUAAAAGGAUGUUAAACACGUGUUGAAGGCAGAAAACUUCCAAGUUCGGGAGAACUGGUUGCAGUAAUCCACUGAAUUUUAACUAUUGUCAUGACAAUACAUAGAAAUGAUAUUGUGUGUGUGUGUGUGUAACCUAAGUCUGAAGCAGUUAUGCCAUUAAUCAGUAAAAUAAUAUAAUUUAUAAUUUUUUUUUAUACUACUGUACUUACUAGAUAAAGUACAAGUAAUCUGAUCAGUACUACAGUACAAUAAUUAGUGGUUGCUUUCUUUUGGAGUCUUAGGAAUUAUUUCUUCAUUUUGUGUAAUCUAGCUAAAAGAUAUAGUUACAAAAGCAGAGAACCAGUGUAUCAGACUAAUUCAUUAUAGAUGGAAUGAUUUCAACAGUGGACUCUUGUUACAGAGAUCAUGAUUAUAAGAAUGGAUCAUAAAUACUGACAACAUUGUGCCAUGAGCCUUUCAUAAAUGUCAGUUCCCUUAAUACAUUUUAGAAUUUAUGGAGUUUGUAUUUAUUGAAGAUCAUAGUAUAUUUUUUGUCCACACAAAGACUAAUAUUAUAGAAUCAAAAUAAAGUGAUAGAUUUUUUUGAUGAUAGAGAAAUUGUGUGUAAUAAUUUUGUAUAUACAGUAAUUUAUAAAGCUCCUCACAUUCAGAAUGGAUAUUGAUCACCUUGUAUACCCUAGUCUUGCACUAGUACAGGUACUUUACUCACCACUAGUAGUGUUUGAGUGAAAUAUUAAAAUUGCUGAUAUUCAGAGGUUAUUUGAAGAAAUUUAUGUUUGCAAUUAAUUAACUGCUCUUGUGGGUUUGUUGUACAGUAAUUAAAUUUAAGGAAUUAAAGAGCUGUAUCAUAAGUAAAUCUCAGUAUGUUAAAAAUAUAGAAUGUUUUGCACUGCUUUUUCAGUCUUAAGAUAUAAACCAAUACUGUACAGUAUACUGUACUGUAUCUUCAUAAUUUUCAUCCUCAACCAGGGGAGAGUUUUCUCCAACAUUGAGGGUUAUGCAAUGAAGUAUGCAAGCGAGUGUUAGCCAGUAAACAGUCCGGCUGUCUUUUGGGGAAACCUUUUUUUAAAUUUGCAUGGCCUUAAGACAUCCUUGGCAGUGAGAAAAAAAUCUUGACCUUCAAAGUUUGUAAAAUCAUAUAAUAGAACCAGAAACUGAAAAUUACUAUACUCUAAACCUGACUUUAAGCCAUGGCUCUAUCAUAAAUCAUGCUGCAGAGGCAUAUAUAUUACCUGUUUUUCACUCUUCUGGCUAACACUAUUUGCAACAGAACUUACUUGAUCAUGAGAAUGUAUCCAGGGUUAUGCAACUCAGGAUGAAUAAUAUCCUGCAUCUGACAUUUUGCAUGUGUACAUAUAUCACAGAUGAAACAUUUGACAAAUGUAAUGUAGCUAGGACCAUACAUGUGAGAAUUACCAAAUUUUAUACUUUUGUUAAAAUUACAGUUUAAUGGGAAAACUUUCCCAAAAGUUCAGAGACUGUGAUUAUAAAAGGAGUAUCAAGUAGUUGUGACAAAUUAAUGGUUAACAGUAUUGUAAUGUGUUCUUAAUUUGUUGCUUGUUUGUGAGUAUGCUUGAUCACAUGUAAAUGUUUGUAUGCAUGUACACAUGUGUGUAUGUUUUUAUGUAUGUGUGUGCAUAUUACAGAAUUCAUAACUUUCAGUGGAGGUUUGAGACUGACCCCAUGAAUAAUCGUCAUAUGGUUGAUGCUGUGUAUCAGCCCAGUAGAAAAACAAGAAGCAUAAGUUAAACACAUUGAAUAUUAAUUAAAUGAUCAAGCACAUUAACCUCCCUUUCUUAAAGGGAACCAGUGUAACAAAAGCUUACAAACAUUCUUAUUGCCCAACAUUUGAUGAAACUCCUUCACCAUUACUGCUUGCAAGAGGCUAAUAAUACCUUGUGAAUGUUUUUGCUUGAGGCUGCUCAAGUGUGGUUGCAUCAACCUUUGGCAUCUGCAAAUUCUUUCAGUGUUUUCCUGCCUUUUUUAAUCUUAUUUAGUCUUGAUACACAUAGAUUGUCCUCUCCCAGUGAUGAUAAUAAACAUGCUUCCAUCGAACACAUGCUUCAUCGUGGUUCUUGUCUGAUGGUUAAUGCACCACA